AGUCAUGUGACAGCAGCCUGCGGGGAAUUCGCCUUGACUUCCAGUACGCUGGGGAUAUUCCCGUGGCCCAGACCCCCAGGCUUGCAAGAUUGAUCCUGCGAGGGAAAGGGGUUCGUCAUGGCAGAUGACCUAAAGCGAUUCCUGUAUAAGAAGUUACCAAGUGUUGAAGGACUCCAGGCUAUUGUUGUGUCGGAUAGAGAUGGAGUACCUGUUAUCAAAGUGGCCAAUGAUAAUGCUCCCGAACAUGCUUUGCGACCUGGUUUCCUCUCUACUUUUGCCCUUGCAACAGAUCAACUUUCAAAGAAUAAAAGCAUCAUCUGUUACUAUAACACCUACCAGGUAGUUCAGUUCAAUCGUUUACCUCUUGUGGUGAGUUUCACAGCCAGUAGCAAUGCCAACACAGGGCUAAUUGUCAGCCUACAAAAGGAACUUGCUCCAUUGUUUGAAGAACUGAUCAAAGUUGUGGAAGUUUCUUAAUCUUAUGAUGGUUUUGAUGUAUACCUUAUCUUGUUAUAAAAACACAAGUCAUUCUAGCAAUCUUUAGACAACAGUAAUACUUUUCUCUGUAUGUAUGUAAGAAAGAACCCCUUUAUCCACCUUAUACUAAAGAAUCAGCUUGUAGGUGUAAUUUAUAGACAGAUCAGGUGUUACAUUUACUUUGUAAGGUCU